AUGCCUCCCUUCGGCCACUCCGUUCGUGCACAGACGUUCUUAGGGGACGCCCAGCAAGAGAAAGUCUCGAAAAUCUACCUCGUCAAAAGGCCUCGCCCAGAAAAACGACGAUUCGAACUCUUCAUCGAUCUGCUCUGGGCAGGCAUCGUUGGCAAUAUAGCCUUCAACUUCGCCUCCGAGGCUUAUGACGAGGACUCAGAGGUCACCGUCGGCAGAGCACUCCUCAACUCCAUCGUCCUAGUCCUAAUUGCAUGGCGACUAUGGAAGUUCCUGCAAGACUUCAUGAGCAAGUAUGCCACUAACGAUCUAAUCGAGCGGGCUUUCGUCUUCUGGUACCUCAUCCUCGGCCUCUUGUUCGGCAACAACGCACCCUACCUCUUCGCCCCUCGACCAGAGCAAGACAACAUCUGCAUCGUCAUCUAUCUCAUAGCCAAAGCAUCCCUCCUUGGCUUGGAGAUAGUCUACGCCUUCUUCAUUCCCGCACUAAGAAGAAGCACCAUUAUACGCGGCGUGUUCGUCGGUCCGCUCAGCGCGCUCUGGCUUGCGGCCCUCUUCGUUUCCUACCCUGGAAAAAUAGGCCUCUGCUUUGCGGCCGUAUCAGCGGAAUUUGUCUACACCACCGUUCUCAGCACACCCUGGGGUAUUCGUUUUCUCAAAGAAGAUGACAUGGUCCCUCAUGAUCUCGAUCAUUGGGUUGAGCGAAUCAGAGACUUCUUCAUUAUCAUUCUCGGUGAGGGCGUCUUGUCCUUUGUGCGCGAGAGCCCUGCAGAGCGAGGUCUGAAUCAGAAAGCUGGCACGGCUGUCACCGCUCUCGCUAUCUACUACGCCCUAUUGAACAUCUAUUUCAACGGCGAUCAAUCACGCCACUACGUUCAUGCUGUCAAGCGCACGUGGUGGCGUAACAAUUUGUGGAGCGUCGCACACAUCAUGCUCUUCCACACAACACUCAUCCUCGGCGUCUCCUUCAUCUUCCUGAUUGAGCAUCCUGCCACCUCCGCCGUCAUUCCCCACGAAUCUUCCUCCCCCGAAAAACGCCAAGAACCCUCUACCAAAGCCCCAACAAACAGCACCGGAGAAGCACAGUUCAAUGAUGAAGGCCAAUUCGGCAUCCUUCCCCCGUCCGCCCGUGACCGCCCAAUCGAGUUGUUCGUCAACAACGCAAAAUGGGUUUCUUCAGUCGCUCUUGCCGCCACCUUUUUUGCUAUGUCUAUACUGGCGCUCCUCAGCCGUCCGCUCGAUAAGAAGGGGACGCUCAAGGUGGACAAUCGUUACCUGAGGUUGUUGCCGAGAGGGUUGUUGAUGGUAGUCGCGUGUGUGUUGCCGUUGGAUAAGACGAUGUAUGGAGGAGUGAUGUUGUCGAUUUUGUGGCCCCUUUGUUAUCUGUGCUUGUUCUGGGAAUGGUACGCUGCGUUGGAUAAAAAAGGGGGUAUGAUCGAGAGGAUGAAGUAG